AUGUACGAUACAUUUGACAUGAGAGUGGAUCGCCACUGGUCUGAGAAGAAACUAGAGGAAAUGACAGAGAGAGAUUGGAGGAUCUUUAGGGAAGAUUUCAACAUAUCUUACAAAGGUUCUAGAAUUCCCAGGCCUAUGAGGAGUUGGGUUGAAAGUAAACUGAGCAAUGAGCUAUUGAAAGCUGUUGAGAGGGCUGGUUACAAGACCCCGUCUCCCAUUCAAAUGGCUGCCAUUCCUCUUGGUCUCCAGCAAAGAGAUGUCAUUGGGGUUGCCGAGACUGGUUCAGGUAAAACAGCUGCUUUUGUUCUUCCUAUGUUGACUUACAUAACCAGACUCCCUCCUAUAAGUGAAGAAAAUGAGGCCGAAGGUCCUUAUGCUGUUGUAAUGGCACCUACAAGAGAACUUGCACAGCAAAUUGAGGAAGAAACUGUCAAGUUCGCCCAUUAUUUAGGCAUCAAAGUUGUUUCCAUUGUUGGUGGGCAGUCAAUUGAAGAGCAAGGAUUCAAGAUUAGACAAGGGUGUGAAGUUGUCAUUGCUACUCCUGGGCGUCUAAUUGAUUGCCUGGAGAGACGUUAUGCUGUUCUAAACCAGUGUAACUAUGUUGUUCUUGAUGAGGCUGAUCGUAUGAUCGACAUGGGUUUUGAGCCCCAAGUUGUAGGCGUUCUGGACGCAAUGCCAUCAAGCAACUUCAAACCCGAGAAUGAAGAUGAAGAACUUGAUGAGAAAAGAAUCUACAGAACCACUUAUAUGUUCAGUGCCACCAUGCCUCCAGCUGUAGAGAGGCUAGCCAGGAAAUACUUAAGGAACCCAGUAGUGGUUACAAUCGGAACUGCAGGAAAGGCAACUGAUCUGAUUACACAACAUGUUAUCAUGGUGAAGGAAUCAGAGAAAAUGCCUAGGCUACAAAAAUUGCUUGAUGAACUUGUGGAUAAAACAGCCAUUGUGUUUGUUAACACUAAAAAGACGGCUGACCAUGUAUCAAAGACACUGGAAAAGUCAGGUUACCGUGUGACAACUUUGCAUGGUGGGAAGUCACAGGAGCAGAGGGAAAUCAGUCUUGAGGGUUUUAGGACAAAAAGAUUCAAUGUGUUAGUUGCCACUGAUGUUGCAGGGCGUGGGAUUGAUAUACCUGAUGUGGCUUAUGUCAUAAACUAUGAUAUGCCUACUAACAUUGAAAUGUAUACACAUCGUAUAGGGCGUACAGGUCGUGCAGGGAAGACGGGUAUAGCUUCAACAUUCUUGACUCUUCAUGAUACUGAUGUCUUUUAUGAUCUGAAGCAGAUGCUGACACAGAGCAACAGUCCUGUUCCUCCUGAACUUGCUAGGCAUGAGGCUUCAAAGUUUAAGCCUGGAUCCAUUCCUGAUAGACCACCUAGAAGAAAUGACACUGUUUUUGCUCAUUGA